CGACCGGCGUUUCAGCGCGUAUCGGUAGUCGCGAGACGAGUCAGUUGGUGACGGGUUGCGUUCGUCUUGUGCGGCGUAGUGAACAGUUUCGGUCGUCCUCUCUUCUCCCCUUGUGUUCAAAAAUGAGCUGGCAGGAUUACGUUGAUAAGCAGCUGCUCGCGUCUAGGUGUGUUACCAAAGCGGCGAUUGCCGGACACGAUGGCAACGUGUGGGCGAAAUCCGAUGGCUUCGAAGUAAGUAAAGAAGAGAUCGCGAAAUUAGUCCUGAGCUUCGAAGAGCAGGACAUCCUGACGUCGUCGGGCGUUACCUUAGCCGGUAGCAGGUACAUCUACCUGUCGGGCACGGACCGUGUGAUAAGGGCAAAACUCGGCAAAGUUGGCGUCCAUUGCAUGAAGACGACGCAGGCCGUAGUUGUCUCCCUAUACGAGGACCCCAUACAGCCACAACAAGCUGCAUCUGUUGUCGAAAAGCUGGGCGAGUACCUCGUGUCCUGCGGCUAUUAGUAACCUCUGGGACCCAACACAAAAUAUCUAAUAUUAAUAAUAAACGAUACGAUCGAUUAUUUUAAAUAAACAGCGAAUGGAAAGCGCCAUGCCGCACGAGUCGCGCCGGAACUGCCGCAAGCCUGCCGCGCGGCCCCACGAUGAGAAGCAACAACAACAUCAACAACUAUAUCAACAACAACUACAUGAACACCUACUAUAUCAACAUCUACUAAAAGCACAACAACGACAAUUACAAGAACUACUACAAUACAACAUCUACAACUGCAACCAUUCACCACCCCAGUAAUCAUUCUCUCCUCUUCGGCUCUUUGACGCGACCUGAAAUGAAAAAAAGAAGAAGCAAGCACGCGCGCGCGCGCGCGUCCGCAACGAAUACACGCACGCACAUACGUAACUAAUGCACCCUUCCUUCUUGUCACCCUUUUCCCCUUCAUCUUUUCUGUCUCCCUUUCUUUCUCUCUCUUCUUUCUCUCCCUUCGUCCCUCCUCUCGCCGCUACCUGUACACAUAUAUACGCGCGCGCGCGCGCACGCAACAACCGCGUUCUCGCGAGCGACGGGCACGUAUACGUACUUAAGCAUCUACGCGUUGAAAUUUUGUAGACGUUUACACUUGCUUUCGAGACGAUGAUUGGACACUUUUUUCUCGAUGCACUUUGGAACGCCGCCAAUGAUGCGAUGAGAGAACUUAACUUCUGACAAUUAAUCAAGAACAAGUUCUCUCAUUGGACUAUUGGCUUUUGGUUAUUUGACUAAUGGACUAUUGGAUUAUCGUCGUGUCAAAUUGCAUCGGGCAGGGAAGUUUUGAAAUCGUGUUGAGGGCAGGUGUACUUUGUCAUGUGACAUGACACGCACGCGUGACGCACGUGGACGUCUGGAGAACGCGGUAGAACGUAUCGGCUAUAUCGGAUAGCGCGAUAUCGAAGGUGUACCAAUAUGUGACUGUCACAUCUGCUCUCUACGCGACAAUUCCUUCGACGCGCGGCCGAGAAGCGCGCGAGUGGCGGCGAUCGCGACGCGCGAAAUAUUUCGUGUCCGCGUGCGGCGCGUCGCGGGCGAAGCGACGGAAAUCGAUCGGGAACGGCCGCCGCGACGCGCUUCUUUAAUUCCGAUUUGCUUCGAUAACAUCGAGAAGCGCGGAUUGUAUCCGACGUGUCGCGCGUCGGAGUUCGCAAAUGCUCCUUCCAUCGCGGUCAGAUAUCGCGACGCGCGCGUCGCGGAUCGCCGCGCGGCAACUGGCGGCUACGGGACACGACGCUGCGUCGCGUCAUGUCCCCCGCUCCGAUUGUUCUACGAAGACGCGUCACUUUCGCGAGAAUCGGCUCGCUUCAUGCCGAACUGGCGCCGAUCUGGAACUCAUUGAGCUCUCGAGCGAUCCGACGAAGGUGGUCACGUGAAGAACGUGUCGAGAGUAGACCGCGAAAGCGAUCGACCUCGCCUCGAAUCACGUAUCCGAAGUCCUCGAUUAAUAUGAUGUGUAGAUCAUAUUGUUGGCCGUCGAAGCCACGUGCGCGGUACGUCAAUUGGCAUGGCGCGUCUUUGAGGCUUGAAACACGUACACGCGUACACUCGCUUUUCGUUUCGCGCACUCGCGCACGAAACGACGAACCACACACAUCGAUAGAUAUCAGAGAGAGAGAGAGAGGGAGAGAGAGAGAGAGAGAGAGAGGGAGAGGGAGAGAAUAAAAAAGGAAGAGAGAAUGAGAGAGAAAGAGAGUGAGAGAGUGAGCGCGACACGUUGAACUUUUGUGACUGCUUGGCGGCAUUUCGCCGACAGAAAGACGAUAUAUACACACAUGAAUUACGUAUAAGAAGUAAUAAUAAUAAAUAUUAAUAAUAAACUAUUGUGUUAGAGAUUUACAAUCUUUUUCGUAGGGCACGAAAGGAUGAGCGCGCGCGAGUGAGAAAGAGAGGGAGAGUGAGGGUGGGAGUAAAAGAUAUAGCGAGUGUUAGGAGUAAUUCGGUGAGACUGAGACAGAGUGAAAGGGAAUUAAAAAAAAAAUAACAGUGUGUGAGAGGUUUUCUUUUGCGUUUGGAUAGAGAGCAAGGGUGAGAAAGAGAGCGCGAAUGUGAGAAUGAAAGAGGAAAGGAGAAAGUAGUGAAAGCGAUGAUCGGAAAAAAUUGAUACUUUGAAGCUGACGACGAGAUAACGAGGAAACUAAAGAAGAAAAUGAGGAAAAAGCAAGCGAGCGUAGAGAAAGAAAAAAAAGCGAGAGAGAGAAAGUGUGAUUGAUAAGCGAGUGAGAGAGGAACAAAGUAGCGAGGGCGGAGGGAUGAUGAUAGAGCGUUGACGGGGCGGCGAUAUGAUAACGAUAAUGUUGAUGACGAUGAUAAACAUAAUGAUGAUGAUACGAUGCGGGCGAGCAUGCGGCAGCGGGUGAUACGGCACGGAUUGGCCGCAAUCCUGGCCGCCUCCCCUAUCCCCCCAGGAAUCGAUACGGUCCUUUUUAGCUAUUUACUGUCUUUAUUAUUGCUAUGUGUAAGAGGAAUAAAAACAAAACGCGAACGAUGUGUCAUAAAAUGCUGAGAUUUUUAUCGAUGAUAAAAGGAGAGAGAAGGAAAGGGAGAGAGGAGAGAGAGAGGGAUGAGUAAGAAAGAGAGAGAGAGGGAGAGAAAGAGAGAGAAAGUGUGAGAGAGGAAGAAAGAGUAAGAGAGAAAGAGUCGAAAAAAAAAAGAACACAGAUACACACCAGCAUAUGUAUGAACAUAGAAACAUAUAGACACGUACGCAACACAUGAACACAUCGUGCACUCGCAUCCAAAUACGUGCACGUGAGCGCGAGGAUGAAGAGGAGGAGUGUCGCCGCACGGCUUCGGACUCGGAUCAGGUAGACCGACAGCAAGAUUCCUUCGCGAGAUUCACCAUUUAGCGUGUGAAGAGCCUGCCUGGCGCGAAUAGCAGUGUGAAAAAGAAAAUUUCGUAUGUCACUUUCUUCAGGUCAGAACGAUCAGUUCGCGUCGCACAUAAAAGAAGUUAGCCGUCUAACUUUCAGCGUGCGUCAUACUGAACGACAGCAAGUCGUUCAACAUUCGAUUCCUUCCGGCACUAGACUUUCCGCGACCGUCAUUAUUGGCGAACCUUCGUAUUUGCGUGCGACGUUGUCGGACACUUUCUUUUCUAUAUGACUCGAUAAAAUCACGUGACGUCACGAGAAAACUGUAUAAUUAUUUUCCUUAUCGAUCCACCGCGUAGUCGGCAGGAGGAGGCGCGCGACGAUAAAGUAGCCGCGGUAUCAGCGGAAGUUCCUCGCGCGCGGCUUCGAACGAUUUUUACGCGCGAUUUUACACCAACGUCGAGCUGUCAUCUAAUCGCUCUAAUCGCCGCUUUUAUCUCCCCUUCCUUCUUGGUAUCUCUGUAUCUCUCUCUCUCUCUCUCUCUCUCUCUCUCUCUCUCUCUCUCUCUCUCUCUCUCUCUUCCUCUCUCUCUUCCUCUCUCUCUUCCUUCCUGUCUCGUGUCCUUAUCUCUUCUUACCCCGCCGACGUCGUCGUCGUCAGCAUCGACGGGAGCAGUCGCUUGGGAUUCGCGUUCCGCUCUCUUUCGUUUGCUCGUCGUGGCUUUUUCUUAGCGUUUCUUUCUGGAUGUGCUCUUCACUCGCCUGGACAAUAGGGAAAAAUGCGACACGCGCGUAGAAAUUUGCCGACGGAAGGGUCGAGACGUCGUGCGCGCGCGGUCCGGCGAUUUCUGGAACGCAACGGGAAUCUCGUCGAUGUGCGAGACGUGUUGAGAGGACGAGAGGCCCACGUGGCCAGCUGCACCUGCGACGAAUUCCUGCCGUGUAUCUUUCGUCUCACCUGCGCGCACACGCGCGCGUGUUUAUCGAUGCACGGAGCGGCCACACGUGACAAACACACAUACAUACAAACAAACAUGUACACGACUACCGCUACCGAUUAUUACUACUACUAUUACUACUACUGCUAUUAUUACUAUAACUGGUUGCUUGUCGAUUCGUCUGACGCCAAGCAGCGGCCCAAACUACUAUGUAACGAUUUUUAUUGAUAACAAAGGAAGGAAUAAACAUUGAAGUAAUAAUUGUAAUAAAAAAGGAAAAACGCAUCUCAGAAGCAAAGUGACUCCUAGGCACACUCGUCGUCCAGGCACUCGUAUCGUUCUCGCUCUUCCGCGACUCCGUUUCCGUGCUUCCUCGUCGACACGAGAGAACCGCAUGCGGGGACACGAAUCGCGCGUUCUUCCCCUUUCGGCGCCGAUGUCGCCGACGUCGGGUCGACUUUAACCGGCUGACGCUUUGUGUCCUUCUGCUAACAGGAAUUAAAAGGAGAUGUAGGAUCAUAUUUCACUUACUUACUUCAUCAAACAACUUUGAGAGGCCGAUAGAAAUGAUACACCUUCACUGUUCCGACUGUAAGAUCAUCGAGACUUUAUUCACUCAUCGAGAUUAUUCAGACGUAAGUGUCUGCAAGACGUCUUGAAGGUGCCUAAAACAUCCCACUUGAUUGAAACAUUUUUUUUUAUAUAUUUCUAAGACGUAUUAGGUUGGCACAAAAGAUUUGUUAUUUUUUUUAAUAAACUAUAAUGUGGAAUAUUAUUAACGAGCAUAAGAAAACAUAGGAAAAAUAUAUCGAGCCGUUGUUUAUUUUAUUCUUAAAAAUUAUUAUUCCUUCGAAAUUAGACAAUUCCGUUUCCUUAUUUUAUUUGACAUGACACAAACUUUUUGCACCAACGUAACAUUUUAGACGUUGUUUAGUGUUGUUUGGAAAUGAAGCAACUCGGAUAAACUAUUAGCAAGUUAGAUCUUGAAUAUGAUCGAGGAGAAUAAAAAAAAUAUUUGUAUCUUUAAUUACGAAAAAUAUCAAACUUGAUUAUAUUUCAUGCAAUAUUCCUAGAUAGUAACCGAGUAUAAGAGUGUUUACCCUGAUCACGAUAAAGUGCCACAUAUGACUUUGACACUUUUGACAAAGUGUCUCGAAACGCGCUGUGCUUUCUAAUCCGCUAGCACUAGGAAUCGUAGCUCAGCUUAUUGCAAUUUAUCAAACUUCAAACGCUCGACCGGUCCAUGCCUCGCUUUUGCAGAGAGGUGAAGUGAAGGUGUUGGCGCAAUUGUACCACCGGUUAAAGUUGAAACGAAUGUCUGCGAAAUUGGCCCUCGUUAGUAUUACGGCACAUGGUUCACAUAUGCCGCAUGUCAUGCGAGAGUACGAAAGGGGAGAAAGAAAGAUUAUCGACCCGCUCGAAUGAAGUAUAACGGUCCAAGGCACGAUUCGAGAUAUGAAAAUAAAACACGAGGAAUGCAGAGUGUGUGACAUCGCUAAUGUAACAAUCGGUAUGACAAUCGACGAAAAUAUUAUUGAACGCCGAGAUGUCGCGUCGGAAUACACAGACGUGCAUCUCGACAUCGCGCGAUUGAUCUGACAGCAGGUGGAACAUCUGAUUUUAGCCAACUGCAUCGGUAAUCGUACUAUUCUGACAUUUAUUCCUCGUUCACUUCACGCGCUCGUCCAUCGCACGCGAAGUACGCCUGGGAAACCUCACUUCGUUUAUUGAAUCGGGGAACGAUGAUUUCUUACAAUUUUCUUUCGUGAGGAUUCCGAGGAAGGACGUGGUCGUAAUUUUUGACGGACGAGCGCGCGAGGAGCGCUCUUUUAUUCUCGUAUCUUUUCGCGUGUCGAAUGCGAAGCGCGCUCGGCUACGGGAGCGCUUUUGGCGGGAGAGUUCACCAGACACUAUUCGCGAUUCCACUUUCGUCGGAAGGAGGAAAGGAAACGUGGGUAGAGUCGCGGAAAGGGAGACGCAGGAGGGAAGAAUACGUUAUGCGCGGGAUGAGAAAGAAAAGGGGGGGUGAGAAAGAAGAACGCGAAAGAAGGUGUCAACGAGAAAAAGAGGGCUACAAGCUAAAUGCGCGCCGGACAACUAGAUGUAACUUUUGUAAAGCCGAAAUAAUACA